GGAAGAAGCAGCAGCAGUGACAACAUAACGCCUUCCAUCGAGUGAGAGCGGCAGACAGGCUUAUUCCUUCGUCGAGGGUUGUGGCGAGCGGAUGCACUUUGUCGGUUUUUCCUCCAAAUUCGGCAUUUCGGUGGCAAGGAAUAUAGACACACAGACGUGCAGUGGGUCGUGGUUGAGAAGUGGUAGUAGUGGAAGGGGAAGAAAAAAGAACGGAAUCGGUUGUGUGAAAACAAGGAGCAGUGAGUGAAACAUUUGCGGGGGUUUGGAGUUGAAGAGCAAGGACGAAUCCUUUUUUUAUGUUCAACGUUCACAGAAAUUUUAAAGUGUAGCAAAACAGAUCUCGGAGCGUGGGAGGGAGAGCGAGAAGAAGCUGUUAACGCGAGAAAAGCAGAGAAAAGGUGAUGUCCUUUUUCGUGUGGUAUGUGAGUGGAGCAAAAAGCUAAUUGUCGCACAGUGCAGCGAAGUGUCGUGAAAGAAUUGAGUGGAACGAGGAAUAGUGGGGGAAUUAUACUGCUUGGUAUUGUUGUUUAUCAAAGUGUUUGGAAGAAAAAGAGCACGAGAGUGGGAGGAGAGAAAGAGAAAAGCCUUCCGCCCACAAGCAGUGAGAGCAGGUGGUAUCAUCGCUUGGGUGGUGGGUGUUUGCAAAUGCGUUGUGUUCAAAGUGUUUUCGUGCAAUUGCUAAUAAUUGGAAUUAUAUUAUCGUGAGUUGAAAACAUUCGGUACAUUAAACUUACAGAUAAUUCACUAAGUUUCGGUUGAUCAAUCGUUGGAAAAUUAGUUACAUCAUCGCAGAGAGGAUUUGGGAUGUAGAUAAAAAAAAACACCGGCUCUAGAAAAUAACACAACGGAAACAUAUGCAGUUCAUUCAGUGUAUAUGGAUUUGGUGAUGUGACCUUCGAAUUAUUGAUUUUCAUACUGCAUCAGCGUAAUUCGUGUUUCCCGGAAGUAAAAUAAAAUAUAUAUAGUGUACCACGUGAGCGUUGUGAAUUUCCUAAAUUAUCAUCUAAACAAAUAUUCUAUUAUUCACAUAUUAUUAAUCAACAUACUCGCUGUACGCUGAUGCUUCAAUUGUGAUCAAAUCCUGAGGAUAAGUGGAAGUAUAUCUCCUUGAUUGAAUUUGUUACAAACGGCCCAACUCGAGUCUCGGAUAAAAUUUGAACAAGUGAAAAACAACCGUUUAAAUUAGUGCGAAAAUAACAUCAAAGUACGAAUUGUGAUUGACAGUGCAAUAUACAGUAAAAAAUUGACCACUGAAGUGCGAGGUAUAAAACGUGAAAACCCCGCACCCACUGCUAUUUGCAUUCGCUCAGAUCGAACGUGGUGUGCUUCUGCCGCUUGGAUUAUGUGAAUUCAGUUGCAGUCCAAUUGGAUGAGCUAUUUUUAAGAUUGCGCCGCACACUUUUCGAAUUAGUUCCACCGAAUGAUCCUCGUGUGCGACGAAUCGCCAUAAACACUGAGAGAACACAGCGGGAGAAAAAGCGCCUAAUGAAGAUCGAAAGUAUGAGAUAACUUUGAGCUAAGGAAGGGACGUUGUUGUUCAAAGCAACAAAGCAAUUUGCAAUUUUACCGCGGUAUUGCACACCAUGGGACGAUAAAUCGAGUGAAGGCGCUUCGACUCGAUGUAAAUUGGAGAGCUGAAGCUGUUAUAAAUCGCAAACCACCCGACAGUGCUCAGAAACACCACAAUGAACGCAUCAUAUCAACGCCGCCGAAAAGACCUGAUACCGAAUACGUAGUCUGGAUAUGGCAGCAGCUGGUCAUCGUCUAAACAAGCUCAUGUAGGCGAUAAUCAGAUUUCACCUCCAUCGUGCGAUCUCAUCUGAAAAUUCAUCCAGCACAGUCAGAACCAUAACUAGCUACAUUUUUGAUUGCGUUAACCUAUCUCGACGCUAGAACAUCAGUCGCCAAACAUACCGGGCAAACUAACUAUCGUUUCCUUAAACGGAUAAAAUGUCGAUUACCGGUUCGCUAGUCGGUUACGAGAACAACAAUGAAGUCUCGAAGAAAAAUCGCUCCCUGCUGAACAUAACGGCGACAUCAAACGCCUCCUCGAAACAAUGCCAAAGUCUGAACACCAGCAUAUCGAACAGUGUGAUAACGAACGCGAGCAGUCAGUAUCGCCACCGGAUGACGGACGGUGGGACCAAGAAGCCUCACCGGCUGCAUCUCAACACCCUCUGGUCCGUUUGGUACGGUCUGCUGGUCACUCUGCUCCAGGGUUAUCUGAUCCUGCAGGGAACCCAUCGCUACGUUGGCCUAUCAGCGCUGGCGUGGAAAUACGAAAAGCCAACGACAGAAUUGGACAUACAGAUUGUGUUCUGUGGACUGGUGGUUCUGUUUUUGCCACUGUUGCUCGCGGCAGCUUUGUUUCGCGUUGGGAAUCUUGCCAAUGACGGAAUUAAACUGGCGUCCGGAACCCGACUCUGUUCGUCCACGUCCACCGACGGACUGGAGGAGGAGGCCUUCGAGGGAACGUUACGCGCACUUUGGAUACACGGUGGACCAACUUCUGCCUUCAUACAUAUCAUAACCGCGAUUUGCUUGCUACUUCCGCGGCUAUUACUCGAAGCAAAAAUGAUCGAAAACGGACUCCUUCCAAGAGAUGAUAUCUGGCGCACCGAUUUAGACUUCAUGGUAACACACAACGAUCGACUUGUCGUACUGUCAUUCAUGACCUCACCGUAUCCGAACACAACUCAAAAGCCUUCGCAAAUAGGAAGUGGUGGUGGCGACAGAAGUGGUGAAUUCGAACGCAAGCUCUACCAGAACGGCUAUUUCGAACACAGUGACCUCGUGGAGAAGUUCUCUGCUUACGAAGACGACGACGAUGAGGACAUUGACAACGACGAUGAUCCUUUCCGCACCCAUGAGGCAAUGGAGAUGGGACGACACCAAGACCAUUCGGUCAUUUCCAUUUCCACCAUGGAGAACUUCAACGUGUUUGAUAAUCCAACCACAAUGCACACACUACCUCCAGCACAGAAUCUGCUAACGACGACUUCGGAAUCAAGUCCGACGACUACAACCGUUACUACGACGACAACGCCAAAAACAACGCGACCAAUGGUGUCAAAGAAAGGUGAAAAAUCCAAAAACCACGGCCACAGCCGUAAACAUUCUAGUAAAGGGCAUAGCAAUGGAAGCAAGAAAGACAAAUCCCACCACCACAGUCAACAUCGCUUGGAGGAUGUGGAUGCCCAACUAGAGCUGCAGCCACAACAGGAGUUCGACUUUGGGGAGUACGGACAGCAUGAAAUUACUACACUGUUUGAGGUCAAUCAUAGCCGAAAAGAGCAGCCACUUGGUAAGAAGAAUAUACCAUCUUCGAUGGCAACGAUCACUAGCGAUACGACCACAACUGUUGCAACAAAAUCAACCACAAAAGCUGCGGUGAAAAAGAUAGCCAGCAAAGAUAGUGAUACACAUAUCAUCAAACCGGUUAAACUACCGGAGAACGCUAUUCCGUCAACUCCAGUGACAACCAAUUCUAAGAUUAUCGAGAUCAAACCAAGCACAACAGGAACGACUGUUAAAAGUACAGCGAAGAAGAUCAAACGUUAUACUUCAGAUAAUUACAGUAGCGAGAGUUUGGAAAGCUUGGAAAACAUACCGAGUGUGGAUGAGGAUGAGUUCAUUAUCAAGGACGAAAACGGAAUGGCAAUCAGACCAGCAUUCCUGAUAGGAACGGUUCCAGGGAACGACACAACGAAACCAAUUGAGUUGACUGGAUUCGCUGGAUUUCUGCAUAACAUUCUUGGUGUAGACCGGCAGUUCAACGUCAAGCGCUGGGCCUCAAUUCCCAGCUUGGAGUUCAUCAAUCUCUCAUUGGCACUCAUGGCCUGGGCUGCCCGCUAUCCAUCCGUUUUCUGGCACACUUCGAAACUGUUCUCUUUCCUAUUCAGUCUGCAGAUGGUGGCCAAUGGAGUCGACAUACUUUUGAGUUUCGCUGGAGCCAGCGUUCUCUAUAAACUGCAAACCAUCGGACAACCAUUGCCUCUACAGGCUCCUACAUUGAUUUUGAACGGAACGGUCACGAUUGCGCUCACCAUGUUGGCGGUGAUAUUAACGAUCGCAUCCUCCAUGGUACUAUAUUUAUAUGGCCAUGGUAAGCUGACGGUGAAGAUACGCGAUCGAAGAAUGAUCACAGCCAAGCAGAGUACGGACGUGUGGGCUUACUUCGCGCACUGUUCCUCACUGUGUUUCGUGUUGGCUCUCGCGGUAGUUAAGGCUCCACUGCUUCACGAUCUGAGCGCAACCUAUCGGGGCAGCUUGGACGGAGCUGUGUUAGCCGCAGCUCUCGGCUCGGUGAUCCAUUUGUUUUUGUGGAUCGUCCUCUGGUUGGGGCUGACAGCCAAACGUCGUUGGCAUUUCAAACUGCCUCCAUUAGAGGCAAUUGGGGCCCGCAGCGGUAUAUCACAACCACUUCUCCGUGGUGGAUCACUUCUGCGAUCACCCAACGGGAAGAGUCUGCCCGGCGAUGGCAACGGGGCAAACAGCAGCGAGGAGGAAACAAUUUACUGGCCCAAGAUAGCACCCAACUCACCGAAGCUCAAAGUAACCUUCAACGAAGUUACCAGUACGUCAUCCGAUCAUACUCAGGCCGAACAUGACGGAAUGCGCCAUCCGUCCGUUGGAGCCUCGCUACGUGUAUCCCGUGUUACGGGGGAAACUGACGACGGAGACUACGCUACGCUAAGAGGUCCCCCCGGUGAUCUGGUGCACAUGGGAGAGUUCGGUGAUCAUCCACCUCCACCAGACGAACUGUUGGUCUGCGGAAACGCGGACCAUGCCGAUGACACUUCGGAGGAAGGCAAACUACUCGCCUGCGUUCGAGAUGACAGUGUUACGUACGCAUCCACUCGAGAUCUGGAACCACCCAUCACGCGAACUUUAUCUCGCGAAGCGUUCAUGCGAUCACCGGAACAAUUAGGCAGUCCUCUCGCACCAGUCACCGUAACCGUACACAACAAUGAAAAUAUGCCUCCGGGUUCAACCCCACGUUGCUUACGUCGGGCCGACUCUGGCAUGCCAAACGAGGCUCUAACACCCCGAUCCGACACCACUUCGAACGAAAGUUCGACAUCGCCACCCGACUGCCGAGACGCUCCGUCGGAGACAUCUAGCGGAGUACACUCCGGGGAGGAACGAGAUGAAGUCGUCAUCCGCCCACGAUCAGGUCCAUAUAAAUCGAUCAUCAAACCCCCACCACCAGCGAUCCAGGAGGAACCCUUCGGUCGGUCUACUAACAUGAAAAUGUCAAGCUUCAACAAGGAUGGCUCCAGUGCAACGCUUCCGCUGACACGUGGUUCAGUGGAUAAUCAUCGCACUGAAUAUCCGCAAUGCAGUACGAUGCCUCUACCGGCUGGUUAUCAUCACCAGCAGCACCACUAUCACUCACAGUCUUCGUUUACCCCUCCGAAUUCUUCCUCCCGGCAGCAGCUUCAGCAGCACACAACUCUUCCCAAUGGAGUUCGUUAUUCGUCCAACCAGUUCCUGAAACGCAUGCCCUACAUCAAGGCAGCCGAAUCGCCAUACGGUCAUCUGGGUCUGGGAAGUGGACAUCACACUUUCUCCAAACUUUUACACGACCCUUUGGGGGGAAUACCAAACAGCACGCCACCAACACAUUCCCAAUCCAGUCAUAGCACAUUCACCCCGGUUGCCACAAUCCCCGAGGAUCGGGAUUCUGCAAACUACUCGAUGAUAUCUGACCAGGACCGCGAAAUGUACAUAAACGCAGGCCAGAUGAGCUCGUUACAGUUCCAGAACUAGGCGCCAAGAAGAAACUAGUAGGCAAAGGAACAAUUUCAUUAGUCAUAUAGGUAAAGAAAGCUAAUCAAAAGGAGCAAAGGGAGCACCGAAAGUAUUUUAACGCCGCGUUAAACAGGAUAUGCUCCGCCUAUCAUUGUAAUUAAGAAUCACGUAAGCUUGUAAGUGUAGAGUAUUUGCAUUAGACUUGCCUUCGUUCGGAUCAGUUGGUUAAUACUCUAUUUGUUCUCCGAAGGGAACGAGAAGAUUGGAAAAGAUAUCGCACAAUUAAUUUAAGUAAUUGAAACGAUAACCAAUUUAGUUACACUUAGUAUAGGUUUGUACAUUGAAUUUAUCAAAUGGUCCGUAUUGUAAAUAAUAGAGUCUUUGAAUCAUUCUAAGUAAUUAAUCAUGUCGCCUCUUUUUCGAGAUAAGUGAGCUAUCUACACUGUAAAUUAUACUCAGAACAUUGUAAGCAAAUCGAAUAUAUUG